AUGCAUUUUCCGCCUGAGUGCCCGGCGAACGAAGGAUGCCGAAAGUCAUCCGACAUCGGUAAUGGCGACGAGACAGCCCAAGCUCUGGAGGACAUCGAGUUUGCAUGCCAGCAGAAGUCGAGAGGUCAGGACUUCGCCGAAGAGUCAGAGGUGUCCGCUACGCUAAGCAAGAAGAGCAGGCCCAGCUUGAGAAGCGGUCGCUCGCCCGACGUGGAGGCCACGAACUCUUCCAAACGGCGAAGCAAGAAAAUGCUCGGCAGCUUCAUCAAGGUGGACAAGAAGAGCAAUGCCGAUCAUGACCAGAAUGCUUGGAACAAGCUGCGGCGCGGCCUCCUUGCCUUUGUGACGGGCAGCUACAUGGCAAACUGCGUGUCCAUGGUCGUCUUGCUCGAUGCCUACCUAACCUGUUACGACAUCGACACUCGAGCGAACGGCCAACCUACUCCUGCAAUCAUCAGCCAGCUGCUGGACAUUUGCCUGAGCGUGUACACGCUGGAGAUUAUUCUCCUGUGCACGGCACAUGGGUGCCUGAAUAUGCGGGCAAUCCUGCUGGACUGGGUCUUCUUGUUGGAUUUGCUCGUGAUUUGCUGCGGCUAUGUCGAGGCAUCCCUGCGAGUCAUGAGCAGCGAAGUAGAUCUGACGAACUUUGGAAUCAUCCGUGCGCUUCGAGUGGCCCGGAUAAUCCGUGUUACUCGGCUCCUGCGGAAGAGUCACGACCUGCGAGAGCUCCGAAAAUUGGUCAAUAUGAUGGCCACGUGUGUGCGGACACUGAUCUGGUCGUUCAUCUUCUGCUUCGCCAUGAUGACGUUCUGGUCAAUGCUGAUCGUAGAGAUCGUGCAUCCGCAUGUGAAGCAACUGAGCGAUCUGGAAGCCUGCGACCAGUGCCGGCGGGCAACUUCCUCCGUCAUGGAUGCCAACUUGCUCCUCUUCAAGACCGUCAUUGCUGGGGAUAGCUGGGGCCAGAUCGCAGUGCCUGUGAUAGAGGCCAACCCUGGCACUGCGGUGAUCUUCAUGGGCUCUCUUUUGACGCUGGUCUUUGGCGUUUUGAACUUGAUCGUUGCUGUGGUGGUGGACACAUUUGCGGAAGCACGUGAACGUGAUGUCUUGAGCUUAGCGGAGGAGUUGGAGAACGAGAUUGAGAUCGACAAGCGCCUCCUUCAGAAAAUCUUCGAGAGGAUCGACGAGGAUGGGAGUGGCGACCUCACGCUGCAAGAAAUCAUUGCGGGUGCCCGUCGGGAUACCGAGUUCCAAAGCCGCCUGCGUGUCAUGGACAUCGAUGAGGUCGACCUGGAGCAGCUCUUCGAGAUGAUCGAUGCAGACGGAUCGGGUUCCGUGGAAGCCUCGGAGUUCAUCGUUCCUUUGAGCAGAUGGGUGCACGACUCCAAGACAGCCCCUCGCUUCAUCAAGUACAACAUGCUGCGGACCAUGCACCAGCAAGAAGAGCUCAUGCACACGUGCGAGGCUCGUUUCGCGCUCCUUACCGAAAAGCUGGACGCGAUAGCACAUUCUCUCGGAGGCUGCAAUACUCCUUGGGUCAGGUCCUCCGACACCAAGAGCGGCUGGGAUUCGACGACCCUGUGCCCGUCAGGUGAAAGCAGAUUCCUGAGCUUCCAGCACACCGAGUCCUUCGAGGAGAAGGCGGCUCCAGCAGGCAUCUUGCCGUUGCCAUCGAUCGCUGCUGCGAAGAGGGUUCUUCAAACCUCCUUGUCCGACAUCGCCGAGCAUGCCGAAGUCACCUUGCAGAGGUCCCUUCGACUGCUGGAAGCUUUGCCGGAGCAGAUGGAGAUCAGCCACUAG